AGCAGGCACCGCCCCGAUGGUCCCGGAAGUUGCGUUACGACGCUCUGCGCCCCGUCCCCGGAUGUAGGGUUUUGUAUCCGGAUUCUUAGCGCGGACUCAGAACUCCGCUCUUGCCUUCGCGGUUGGCACAUGCGCGGCAGCUCUUUUCCGUCUUCCUUCACUUCCACUAGCUUCCGCCGUCCCGGGAGCCUCCGCCACCGCCGCUGAGGAGUCAGGAAGUUCAAGAUGGCCGCCACGGAGACUCAGUCGCUGCGGGAACAGCCAGAGGUGGAAGAUGCUGAUAAUUCUGAGAAGAGUAUAAAUGAAGAAAAUGGAGAGGUGUCAGAAGACCAAUCUCAAAAUAAACACAGUCGUCACAAAAAAAAGAAGCAUAAACACAGAAGUAAACAUAAGAAACAUAAACAUUCCUCAGAAGAGGACAAGGAUAAAAAACAUAAACAUAAGCAUAAACAUAAGAAACACAAAAGAAAAGAAGUUGUUGAUGCUUCUGAUAAAGAAGGUAUGUCUCCAGCAAAAAGAACUAAACUUGAUGAUUUAGCUUUGCUAGAAGACUUAGAAAAACAGAGAGCCUUGAUUAAAGCUGAACUUGAUAAUGAGUUAAUGGAAGGAAAGGUCCAGUCUGGGAUGGGGCUCAUUUUACAAGGUUAUGAAUCUGGCUCUGAAGAAGAGGGUGAGAUUCAUGAAAAGACAAGAAAUGGAAAUAGGUCUAGUACUAGAUCUUCAAGUACAAAGGGGAAACUUGAACUUGUGGACAAUAAAAAUACUGCAAAAAAACGAAGUAAAAGCAGAUCCAAAGAACGGACUAGACAUAGGUCUGAUAAAAAGAAAAGUAAGGCAGGUAUUGAAACAGUUAAAGAGAAAACAACUAGGAGCAAGUCAAAGGAGAGGAAAAAGUCUAAAAGUCCAUCCAAAAGAAGUAAAUCUCAAGAUCAAGCAAGAAAAUCAAAAUCCCCUACCCUUAGAAGGCGAUCUCAAGAGAAAAUUGGGAAGGCCAGAUCUCCUACUGAUGAUAAGGUUAAAAUUGAAGAUAAAAGCAAGUCAAAAGAUAGGAAAAAAUCCCCAAUUAUAAAUGAACGAAGUCGGGAUCGAGGUAAAAAAUCCAGAUCCCCAGUUGACUUAAGAGGUAAAUCCAAAGACAGAAGGUCACGGUCCAAAGAGAGAAAAUCAAAACGGUCUGAAACUGAUAAAGAAAAGAAACCAAUUAAAUCUCCCUCUAAAGAUGCUUCAUCUGGGAAAGAAAAUAGAUCACCCAGUAGAAGACCUGGUCGUAGUCCUAAAAGAAGGAGUCUGUCUCCAAAACAACGUGAUAAAUCAAGAAGAAGUAGAUCUCCACUUGUAAACGAUAGAAGAUCUAAGCAGAGCAAAUCACCCUCUCGAACUGUGUCUCCUGGUAGGAGGGCCAAGAGCCGAUCCUUAGAAAGAAAACGAAGAGAACCAGAGAGGAGACGACUUUCUUCUCCAAGAACACGACCUCGAGAUGAUAUCCUCAGUAGACAUGAAAGAUCAAAAGAUGCCAGCCCCAUCAAUAGGUGGUCUCCAACCCGAAGAAGAAGUAGAUCUCCCAUUAGAAGGAGGUCUCGUUCCCCACUCAGACGUAGCAGGUCUCCAAGAAGAAGAAGCAGGUCUCCUCGAAGAAGGGACAGAGGUCGGAGGAGCAGAUCACGCUUGAGAAGGCGGUCUCGAUCACGGGGUGGUCGUAGACGAAGGAGCAGAAGCAAAGUAAAGGAAGAUAAAUUUAAAGGAAGUCUUUCCGAAGGAAUGAAAGUUGAGCAAGAAUCUUCAUCUGAUGAUAACCUUGAAGACUUUGAUGUAGAGGAAGAAGAUGAAGAAGCCCUAAUAGAACAGAGAAGAAUCCAAAGGCAAGCGAUUGUUCAGAAAUAUAAAUAUCUGGCUGAAGAUAGCAAUAUGUCUGUGCCAUCUGAACCAAGCAGUCCCCAGAGCAGUACUAGAACACGAUCACCUUCUCCAGAUGACAUUCUGGAGCGGGUAGCUGCUGAUGUUAAAGAGUAUGAACGGGAAAAUGUUGAUACAUUUGAGGCCUCCGUAAAAGCCAAGCAUAAUCUAAUGACGGUUGAGCAGAAUAAUGGGUCAUCUCAGAAGAAGCUCUUGGCACCUGAUAUGUUUACAGAAUCUGAUGAUAUGUUUGCUGCAUAUUUUGAUAGUGCUCGUCUUCGGGCUGCUGGCAUUGGAAAAGAUUUCAAAGAGAAUCCCAACCUUAGAGACAACUGGACUGAUGCAGAAGGCUAUUAUCGUAAGUUCACAUUUCAUAUGAAUUUUAGAGUGCCAUGUAACGCUUUGCAAAAGACUGGUUUAAAAGAACUAGAGUUUUUGAAAAAACUUAAUGAUGCCGAUCCUGAUGACAAAUUUCAUUGUCUGCGACUCUUCAGACACUUUUAUCACAAACAGCAUCUCUGUCUUGUAUUUGAGCCUCUCAGUAUGAAUUUACGAGAGGUGUUAAAAAAAUAUGGUAAGGAUGUUGGUCUUCAUAUUAAAGCUGUAAGAUCCUAUAGUCAACAGCUGUUCCUGGCAUUGAAACUCCUUAAAAGAUGCAAUAUCCUACAUGCAGAUAUCAAGCCAGACAAUAUCCUGGUUAAUGAAUCAAAAACUAUUUUAAAGCUUUGCGAUUUUGGGUCAGCUUCACAUGUUGCGGAUAACGACAUAACGCCUUAUCUUGUCAGUAGAUUUUAUCGUGCUCCUGAAAUCAUUAUAGGUAAAAGCUAUGACUAUGGUAUAGAUAUGUGGUCUGUAGGUUGUACCUUAUAUGAACUCUAUACUGGAAAAAUUUUAUUUGCUGGCAAAACCAAUAACCAUAUGUUGAAGCUCGCUAUGGAUCUCAAAGGAAAGAUGCCAAAUAAGAUGAUUCGGAAAGGCGUAUUUAAAGACCAGCAUUUUGAUCAAAAUCUCAACUUCAUGUACAUAGAAGUUGAUAAAGUAACAGAGAGGGAGAAAGUUACUGUUAUGAGCACCAUUAAUCCAACUAAGGACCUGUUGGCUGACUUGAUUGGGUGCCAGCGACUUCCUGAAGACCAACGUAAAAAAGUACACCAGCUAAAGGACUUGUUGGACCAGAUCCUAAUGUUGGACCCAGCUAAACGAAUUAGCAUCAACCAGGCCCUACAACAUGCCUUCAUUCAGGAAAAAAUUUAAACGAGAUGAAGAAACUCCAAGGGUUUAAGUAAUUAAAUACAAAGACUGAAGAAAUUUCACAGCAGUUUAUUAAUGUAUAUAAACUUAUAAAUAUUUCUCCAACAAAUUUGAGGAAGCAUGAUAUAUUUGAAUUAACACCAAGGGUGAUAUUUCUUUUAGAAAUGUUAGUUAAUCUGUUUUGUGUCUUAUGUGAAAUUUCACUGUAGAACUGUUUUAAUUGCCAAGACUGCACAAAAUUACAGUGCUAAUGUAUAUGGUUGCAGUUCACAUAAAAGACAGAAGCAUCUGUUAUAAAAUGAGUAGUAAUACUGGGUGGUUGACUUGUUUUUAGCAGACUUGGCUUCAUUUUGGUCUUCAGAUAAAAUGGCCAGCAUAAAUGCUGUUUAUAUUCACGUUUUCCUAGGUGUGUGUGUGCAGGCCACAGCAGCAUGCCCUUGGUGUAGUCAGUGCCGAAAGGGGUCUGUUCCUUCUUGAGCCUGCCUGCAGGGAUGGUCUCCUCUUUUAAAGCAGGUUGUGUACAACAUUCAGUACACUGAAGGUAAGCUAAACCAUCAACAUCACUGGUGUUUUAAGAUGUUAUUUUAUUGGAACAAUUGACAAAUGAGGGAUAUUAGCUUUGUGGCAGAAUUCCCUGCAUGUGUGAUAACUGAUCUUGUUUUAUUUUUUGGCAUCGCAACUGUGGCAUAGUUACAAUUUCUGUUCUGUUCAUCACAUUUAAAAUUGGAGGAGUACGCGCUUGAUGGAUAGAGCGCCUUCAGUGUACUGUUUCUUAUUAACUUUACUUUUUUAAAAUCAACUUGCUAUAGACUUUAUAUACAUUUUGUUAAAUACAGUUCCUAGUGACAUAGACAAUGCGUAGUUUUCAUUUACUAAUUACAAAUCUUGAGGCCCAAUUCUAAAAGUCCUCAUAUUUAAAGGUUAGAUAGACAACGUAAUGAAAUUUUUAACUAUUUGUAUGUCAUUUUGAAAGUGUACUGCUUUAUGGUAAAAGUGUUUUUCAUUUGUUCAUUGUUUUCAUUAUUUGUGAUCAUGUUGUCUUUCAAUACAGGCAUAAACCUUCCACUCUUGAACAAAGCAGCUGCUUUUUAAAAGCGGUAAUUGCUUCUUUACCUUUUAUUUCUUUUGUAAAUGAAGCUUUUCUUUAAGAAUGUGACUUUAAAGUGUUGUCUAUUGCAUAAAACAGUUGACACUCACUUAUUGUAAAGUGAAGAUUGUUCUACUGCAUGUGAAGUGGACCAUGCAGAUUUCUGUAUGUUCUCAGUAUGCAUCACUAGAUAAUAAAGUCUUUUGUGAACAAGGCA